AUGAAGGAGAUGCCCGUACUCGAGUACCGUACAACCAGCCGCCGCGUUCAGUGCGGAGGCAGUGGUUAUUCAGAGCCCCAUUCUUGUUCCCACUCGCAAGAUACGGAGACCCAGCCUGCUGGUCUUCCCGCCUUUAAUGAUCCACCCGAAGACCGCGAGCAGUCAGACCCUUCCGCUAACAAUGCUGUCAUUAACGAACGAUAUUCUGACGAUAUGGCUCGCUCAAUCAGGGCCUGGCGACCUCCGGGCUACGAAGUGUCCAAAUUUGACGUCAAAUUGUAUGAUCAGUUCGGUGAAACUCUGCAGAACGCGUAUGUCCCCCCCAGAGGAUAUGAAUCCGAGGGGCAACGCUCCGAUGACUAUCUAAGGAGACGACGGUACUCGGUCGUCGACUCGGUAGAAGGCGCUAACGAGGAACCCUUCCGGCCGUCAAGUCCUAGGUUCGGAUGGCGAGUCAAUGUGGAGGAGGUCCACCGCUAUGACUCGCAUAGUCAGUAUGACCAGGACUUCAAAGAGGUGUUGAAUGAAGAGGUGGUUUAUGCGUCGAAUGUGGAGGAGGUCCGCCGCUAUGAUUUGCGUAGUCAAUAUGACCACAACACCACAGGGGUGUUUGAUCAAGAGGUGGUUUAUACAUCGAAUUGCGAGCAUUGGUCUUCCGGCUAUCGCGAUAUGUAG